AGGCACUGGCUGCUCGGCGGUUCCGAUGAGCGGCUGCUGCUGGUGGUCUUUCUGCAGAUGUAUUGCUGUCACUGAACACUGGCCCAUUGGAAAGCACUAGAGAAGCUCAGCCAUCAGUAUGUCCAAGUACAAACUGAUUAUGUUAAGACAUGGAGAGGGUGCUUGGAAUAAAGAGAACCGUUUUUGUAGCUGGGUGGAUCAGAAACUUAACAGUGAAGGAAUGGAAGAAGCUCGGAACUGUGGGAAGCAACUCAAAGCGCUAAACUUUGAGUUUGAUCUUGUGUUCACAUCCAUCCUGAACCGAUCCAUCCACACAGCCUGGCUGAUCCUGGAAGAGCUGGGGCAGGAAUGGGUUCCCGUGGAAAGCUCCUGGCGUCUCAAUGAGCGUCACUAUGGAGCCUUGAUCGGUCUCAACAGGGAGCAAAUGGCUUUGAAUCACGGCGAGGAACAAGUGAGGCUGUGGAGAAGGAGCUACAGUGUGACCCCACCGCCCAUAGAGGAGUCCCAUCCUUACUACCACGAGAUCUACAACGACCGGAGAUAUAAAGUGUGCGACAUUCCUUUGGAUCAGCUGCCACGAUCCGAGAGCUUAAAGGAUGUUCUGGAGAGACUCCUUCCUUAUUGGAAUGAAAGGAUUGCUCCUGAAGUAUUAAGUGGUAAAACCAUUCUGAUAUCUGCUCAUGGAAAUAGCAGCCGGGCACUCCUGAAACAUCUGGACGGUAUCUCAGAUGAAGACAUUAUCAACAUUACUCUUCCUACUGGAGUCCCCAUUCUCCUGGAACUGGAUGAGAACCUGCAUGCCGUUGGACCUCACCAGUUCCUCGGCAACCAAGAGGCUAUCCAAGCAGCCAUUAAGAAAGUAGAGGAUCAAGGAAAAGUGAGACGCGCUGACAAAUAAAAUCUUUCCCAUGUGCUAGCUAGGGAUAGCUGCAGAAGGAUUGGUAUGCGGUGUGUUGUGGGUGCUGAUCUCGCUUUUUUUUUUUUUCUCCCCCGCUGAUUUUUCCUGAUUUUCCCAGAUCUAGGCUGUGGGGUAGAGUUUGUAUAAGUAACUAGGUAACUUAUGUUGGCCCAGAUAAAGGCUUUAGGAUGCCUGAGUGCUAAUGUCAUAAGCCUUAUGCGUUAGCCCCUGCCGGCCCCGUUUGAAUUAGUCACUAAGUUAGUCACCAGUGGGGCUUAAUCAAUGUCAUAAGUUUCCGAGAUGGGGGAGCAACAAGUGGAGGUCAAGUUCAAGGUAUUCCUCAUUCAAUAAAUCAGUAUAGAGUGACCACUGACAGGCACUACUUACUCCAAUAAGUAGUUCACAUUUAUAUUUACUGAGACUUUCUAGGAUGAUAAUAAAGGGUGUUAGAUAACACACUAUACUUAAGUAUUUAUUACUAGUCUUUUCCUCUAGGGAAAGGGAUGCUUU